AUGUGCCCAGGAUUCUGUAAACCGUGUAGUGCAAUAUCGGUAAAUAAUAUUAGCACCAAAUGGGAUCAAGACAUUCUAUACGACACUCUCGAUAAUAUCUCUAUCGAGUUAAGGCCUGGAGAUCUACUUGCGAUUAUAGGACCGGUAGGUUCGGGAAAGAGUUCAUUUCUAAUGGUAUUACUCCGGGAGCUACCUGUGUUUAAAGGGAACAUACAUAUUACGGGCACCGUUAGCUAUGCAUCACAGGAGUCAUGGAUUUUUAACGAUAAUAUUAUUAAUAACAUAUUGUUUGGCAUGAAUUACGACGAAUGUCGAUAUAAGCGUAUAAUAGAGGUGUGCGCAUUGGAAAAGGAUUUACAGGCACUACCAUUUGGCGAUAAAACAUUAGUGGGAGAGAAAGGGGUGCAAUUAUCAUGUGGUCAAAAGGCCAGGAUUAAUUUGGCAAGAGCUCUUUACAGGAACACUGAUAUCGUACUAAUGGACGACCCGUUAAGUGCUGUGGACAUCGGUGUAGCCGAGCAUCUAUUUGAUAAGUACACCACUGAUCCAGACGAGUACUUAUCGGACAAAAUACGAAUACUAGUCACCCAUCAAAUCCAAUUCGUACGUAAAGCCACGCAAAUACUGGUGCUCGAUAAGGGUCGGUGUAUUGGGUUGGGGACGUAUGACCACCUCCAGGCCCAGGGUUUAGAUUUUAUGCAAAUACUUCGGGAACGGGAGCAUAAAAACUAUGAACAGAAUUGGGAACAUGAACUCAAUUAUAAGUCGAAUAACGAAAGUAAAACUGAGCAAUGUAAUAAUGUACACAAAAAUGGGCACCUAAGUAAUUCGUUAGCCCUGUCUACUAUGCUUGAAACAGUAACAACCAAGUUACUUACGAAUAAUAACAACAAUAUUGCUAAACUUAAAAUAAUGGACGAACACCGGGAAGUCGGAUCAAUUAAGGGUCAGGUGUACUGGGAGACCGACCAAAACCAAGUAAAUGAUCAAGGUAGAAGUGAUAGCGAGCAGAAUCGGAGUAUUAUGAUAUACACCGUACUUAUUGGGGCGUUAUUUAUGGCGACUCUACUCCGGUCGACCACCUUGUUUGCGAUGUGUAUGCGGGCGCCCGUUAACCUACACAACAAUAUAUUUAUCUGGCUAUUAAGAGCACCAAUGGCCGUGUUUGAUAAUAAUCCAGUUGCCAGGAGCCCAAUAUACUCGCACGUGAGCACCACCCUAAAUGGUAUUGCAAGUAUACGUGCAUACGGUGCUCAACAGGCUUUUGAAAAACAAUUGUACGUGUACCUUGAUGAUCACAGUGCCACGUGGUUCCUAUUUAUAUGCGCAUCGCGAUCACUGGGAAUGGUAUUGGACUGGCUGUGUAUCGCAUAUUUGGUGAUCAUUUCGGUGGUGUUAAUGUCAUUCCCUGAUAACUUAUCGGCUGGUGAUACUGGGCUAGCAUUCUCAUCUGCACUGGCGCUCGUAUAUAUGACACAAUGGGGUGUCCGACAGACUACGGAACUGGAGUCCCAAAUGACUUCCGUCGAGCGUAUCGUUGAGUACUCGAGACUACCACAAGAGGCGCCACUAGUCUCACCACAAAACGACCUCCACCUUAAACCACCACCACCUGAUUGGCCACCGAAUGGGCGAAUACCUGGUGAAAAAGUGGGUAUAGUGGGCCGUACCGGUGCGGGUAAAUCGUCGCUCAUAUCAGCUUUGUUUCGUAUGACUGAACCCACAGGUGUGGUAGAGGUGGAUGGGGUCGACACGAAAAGUAUAGGUCUUAACGAAUUACGUCAACGUAUUUCGAUUAUACCGCAGGAACCGGUAGUUUUCACGGGAACGGUACGUCGUAAUCUCGACCCGUUUGCCGAGUUCACCGACAGUCAGAUUUGGGAGUCCUUGGAUGAGACACAGUUAAGGCACACCGUGAAUGAGCUACCCGGCCAGUUGGAUGGUGAGCUUAUUGAAGGUGGGGGUAAUCUAAGUGUAGGACAAAGGCAAUUGGCAUGUUUGGCCAGGGCGAUUUUAAGGGAUAAUAAGAUACUGGUGCUCGAUGAAGCUACGGCUAAUGUGGACUUACAUACCGAUGAACUCAUACAACAGACCAUAAGACAUAAGUUCGCAAACUGUACGGUACUUACGAUCGCACAUCGGCUCAACACGAUUAUCGAUUGCGACCGCGUUUUGGUA